CAGGUGUCUGAAUGUAUGAACCAAUUCUCUGGUAUAUAUAAGGACAGGCCUGUAUCAACAUGGGCCAGUCAAGUCAAGAAAACACCACAAAGCCCACAAUCAGAAGCUGAACAAGAAGCCAAGACCUAUAUUCUUUGUUGCAAAAUGUGGUUGUACAUUGUCUUUGCUGGCCUAGUUGGCCUUGUCACUGGAAUGCCUCAUCUGCAUCACAAUGUUGGAACAUCAAAAAGCAACCAUCUCACCAUUGAAGACUUCAUUGCAGCCAAGAAUGAUGAUUUCAGUUUCCAAGAAGCCCAGGAAGAUGUUCUCAAUGGCAGGAAUCCAGAACUGGGAGAACAUUUUGAAGGCGACAUCAUUCUUCCUGAAGGCGUGAACCCACAAGUCACGAAUUCAACUUUCAAGCUGAACCUUCCAGAACAUUUGGCCUUGGCUAUGAUUAUGACUGACAUUUCCAAGCUCAACCUCAUGUACAAAUGCAAGGUCAAGGAUGCCAUGAAUGAAGGCAAGUCUUGUUUUGCAUGCACAGACAAAAAUGGCCACUGCCAAUUCUGGGCUUCUGAAGGAGAAUGCGACACUCACAAGGAAUUCAUGGCUGAAGAAUGUCCCGAGUCUUGCGCCAAUCAGUGAAUGAUUCGAUGAAGAAAUAUUGAAUUCCGUCAGAAAUUCAACCCCGGAAAAAAAAGACAAAAUACACGUUGAUGAAAAUCGAAA